CUUGCUUUGCGUGACCGCGGCAGGUUGGUCCUGGAGCAGAUGAGCGCAGAAUAUUUAGGCGAAAGCGAGAGGAGGGGGGGAGCGCGGGGCAGGAGGAGUACCUCGGCCAAGAAAAUUAUGCAUGCGUUAGGGAAGCUCUGAGAGAAUGGCUGUGGAAGCUCUCCACUGUGGUUUGAAUCCACGGGGUAUUGAUCACCCUUCCCGUGCUGAAGGUAUUAAACUGCAAAUUGAAGGUGAAGGUGUGGAAUCUCAAUCCAUUAAAAGCAAAAAUUUCCAGAAGGUGCCUGACCAAAAAGGAACCCCCAAGCGACUGCAGGGAGAAGCUGAGACGCCUAAGUCAUCUACUGUGAAGCUGUCAAAACCAGUGGCUCUAUGGACCCAGCAGGAUGUCUGCAAGUGGUUGAAGAAACAUUGUCCGAAUCAGUAUCAGAUCUACAGUGAGUCAUUCAAACAGCAUGACAUAACUGGGCGAGCUCUGCUGAGACUCACGGACAAAAAGCUUGAGCGUAUGGGGAUAGCCCAGGAGAACCUCCGGCAGCACAUCUUGCAACAGGUGCUCCAGCUGAAGGUGCGAGAAGAAGUCCGAAACCUGCAGUUACUCACACAAGCCUCAGCCGAGGGUUCUCCAUAAACACGGUUAGCCUUCCAAGCUGCUGUCCUGCCAGUUGGUAUGAACAUGGCCUGCCUGCUCCCCACAGAAAGACUAACUCAUGGCCCUGCCGGAAGAGAUCCUUGGAGCAUUGACAGAUAAACCGGAUUAAAUGAAAAAACACCCACUCAGUCAAGAUUAUAAGCUUUGGGAAAAAAAAAUCUUAGUUUGCUGUGGAUUUUUAAAUGAGGUGCAUAAUUAUACAGUGCCAAUUUGUUCCAAGUGGUCAUUGGCAGACCCUUCACUGGAAGAUGGCUUCCAGUUUUCAUCACUGUGCAUAACUCAAGUUCCCUUUGGGGCACUGUCUGUGCCCAUCACUACCAGUCCUGUUUUAGCAUGGCAACUACUGGAUUAUUUUAUUAUGUGUGCAGAUGGCAUGAUGUUUUAGAAAAAAAAUUACAGCAGUUCUGCAGUCUCGGUGGAAGUGUUCACAAUAUUAUGCCCUGAUAGGAAUGUAAACGUGUCUUGGUUAUGUUAGUUAUGAUGUCCAAAGGUAUUCUGUCCAACUCUGAAGCACUUUAUAAAAGAACACUACGCUGAGAUGAAUUAGCACGUUUGGUACAUGUAGGAAUACAAGUAUUUUGUUUU